UCUACACAUUAUAACACAACACAAAUUUACCACCUUAAUCUCCAAAAAAAAUGGCGGUUGCAAAGCUCGUGUUAGCUGCUACGAGCGGUAAGAGCAGCAAAAUACUCUUAGGGCUAAGAGUACUUGCCUUCUUGGCUACGUUAUCAGCAGCAAUUGUAAUGGGAUUGAACAAAGAGACGAAGACUUUUGUUGUGGGCAACGUUGGAAAUACUCCGAUCAAAGCUACCUUCACUGCUAAGUUCCAACACACUCCAGCUUUUGUAUAUUUUGUAGUGGCUAAUGCAAUGGUUAGCUUCCACAACUUGCUGAUGAUUGCUCUUCAGCUAUUUGGAAGAAAGACGGAACUCACUGGUUUUCGUCUUCUUUCCAUCGCUAUUCUCGACAUGCUGAAUGUGACUCUGCUAUCGGCGGCAGCAAACGCGGCGGCGUUCAUGGCGGAGGUGGGGAAGAACGGAAACAAACACGCCAGAUGGGACAAAAUCUGUGACAGAUUCGCCACUUACUGCGACCACGGCGCCGGAGCACUAAUUGCAGCCUUCGCCGGCGUGGUACUUAUGCUCAUUAUCUCCGCCGUUUCCAUCUCUCGUCUCGUUCAGCCUAAUAAAUGCUCCAUCUCCACCACCGCAGCAUCUACCUCCGUCGUCCCUUGAAAACAUCGCCUCUUCAAAAAUUACACACACACGUGUGUAUCUUCCCCCUGUUUCUUACUUCUUUGCUUUCUUGAGUGAUUGUGUAAGCAUCUAUGCAUUUGCCUUGUCUGUUACUCUGUUAGUAAACUUUCUUUUUUUAGGUUGUUAAAUGUGAUGGACCCGACUAUAAUGUGAUUUGAUCUAUCCACUGUAUUCAUCAUCAUCCAUAUACUACAUGGUUCGCACCUGUUUGUAUCA